AUGGCAAGUUCUAAAACAAAGGAUUUACCCCAGGAGGGUAGGGCCGUUGGCCCGGAAUCCCUCACUGGCAAAAAGCCAGUCUGCCCCAAGGAUUCUGGGGGGGGCAAGAAAGUGCCAGGCUGUGGAGCGGUUCUGGUAGGCGACCAGGCCAGACCGCCCAAAAAACCUACUGGAAGGAUGCAUGGGUCAGGCGACCAGGGUCACGUGACAUCGAAGGUUAUCGGAAGGAAUGUGAGGAAAACAACGAAAAAGAGUGAGGAGAAAGACUCUGACUCGAUGACAGAGUCAGAUAUCAAAACAGACGAGGAGAACCCUUUCGGGAGGUCUUCGAAAAUUCAGAGGACACCACCGGCAAGGGAAAAAAUGAUCGUGGAAGACAGCGAGCCAGAGGAAAAAAUAAGCAGGAAGACGAGUACGCCAAAACUGAAAAGCGCGGAAGAAGAUGACUGCGAUAAUUUUAUAAAAUGGCUAUAUAGCGCGGAGGGACACCAAAGUAAAAAGAGAAAAAAAAUGGAUACCUCGGCUAAUAUCAGUAUAGAAGAGAAGGAUUUAAAAAAAGUUGUAAAUUCCCUAGAGAAAAUAAAAGAAGAAAUUGGCUCCAUAAUGGAAAUCAGUGAAGGGAGAAAUGAAGAAGUCAUCUCAAGACUCAGUAACGUCAUGCAGAAGCUGGAAGACGAGGUUAGGUUCCUGAAGACGGAGAGCGAGAGAAAGAAGAUGGAAACUAUAGCCAUUCAGACAACACCGGAGGAUAUAGAUCUGGAUGUGUCUGUAAACACUCUAAGGUCCGGAAUAGGGGAAAAUAUGGAGUUGGGAAAACUAGAAGAAAUUAUUAAGAACGAAUGGCCAGAGGAGGCGUAUAAAUUCAAGAUUGACUUUGAUAGCAUUGCCAGCCCGAAUGUAGAAGGAGAUCUGGUAGUGAUGGCUCCGGUUCGAGACAUCCCAGAGAUACGUUUCCUCAAAAAUAUAUUGGGAACCUCUAGAAGAUUGCAUAAACCUGUAAAGUCAGGAAAGGUCAAGGCAGACGAGAUUCUGGAACAUAAAUGCGGUGGAACGACACUCAUCAAUGGGGAAGAAAUUCAGGAUGAAAAUAAAAUAUAUAUUGCCGGACUCACAAAAGAUAUGGAUGACAAAGCGCAAAUCCAGAACAUCUUGGACACCUGCAAGAAAAUAAAACAAAUGAGGGGAGACAAUUCGAGCACCCCCCUUCAUUUGGCGAUUAUCAAUAAACUGCCUGCAGCCACAAAGCGGAAAAUCCUAGAAUGCGCCUUUUUUGAAUGCGAAGGAGAAAUAAUCCUCCACGACAAAAGGGAGGGGCUUAGAGAGGGGCAUAAAAACAAAAAAGCCUUCAACACAGAAGCAGUGCUGAUAGAGAAGCCCGGAUACAUGUCGAAUGCGGAGAUGGUGUCCAGACUAAAAGGCAACCUGAAGGAGGAGGCAGGACUUGUGGAAAACAUAGAGGGUCUGAGGGAAACAAGAGAUGGACACCUGCUAGUGGAGGUAAAGAAAGGAAGCGCCGCUGGCGCGGAACUCUACCAAAAAAUUAAAGAAAAUACCCCCUCUGGAUCUGUCCGCAGACUCCAUGGUAGCUCAAGGAAAAAAGCGGUUAACUUAUAUGGAGUGGACAUAGAUGUCAAAGAAGAAGAGAUUAAAAGAACAAUAUCAAGUACACUUGGUAAAAAAAUGGAGGAUGACGAAGUGGAGGUCAAAGCACUACGACCUAUGAGAGGUGGUAGGCAGGCGGCAACAAUACUGAUCAACCUCGAAAGUAUGAUGACUCUGAUCAAGGCAAGAAGCAUUAAAAUUGGUUUUUCAACCGCUACAAUCAGCGAAAGGAGGGAGGUAACAAGAUGUAAUAGAUGCUGGAAAGAAGGACAUCUUGCAAGGGACUGCAGGGGGCCCGACAGAGGGGCCCUGUGCAGAAACUGCUGCAAAGAAGGGCACAGGGUUCAGAGCUGUCAGAACAGACCAUAUUGUAUGGAAUGUGAAAGGGAAGGUCAUAGAACCGGUGGGGCCACAUGUAAUUCCAAGGGCCAGCGGAAGGGAACCCAAGAUGGCCGCUAG